AUGUUAGUAAACAGGAUGCAUUUAGGGACCACUACACCGCCAACCUUAAUCUCCAUAACACUCAAUCCUGAUCUUGUUGUCCUCGGAAAACCAGAUAAAUUUACUGUUUCCGGAAAUUUAGAUUCAGAUAUUACAGAAACAACACAAUACAUAUUUUAUGUUGAUGUUAAAACUAAUAAAUCAAUAGUCGAUGGAUAUCAUGGGCCGAUUUGUAAAGGAACUGAGUGUCCAAUUAAAGCUAAAACCCCAUUCUCUACAAACGCGAAUAUUCCGACACCACAAAAAUUACCUAAUCCAUACAUCAUUUCAGUUGCUAUUGUUGAAUCUCCAGCACUUCUGGGCUGCGUACAGACCAUCGUCGGAGACGUUGGAAAUGUUCAUGAUGUCAAAUUACGGCCAGAAAAUAGAAUAUCUAUCGCAAACUUAAAAAUUGAUCAAGUACAUGCCGGCAGAUUUUUGUUAUGUCGAGUGAUAAGUAAAUGUAUCAAGUUAAACGCUCUUUCAACUAUCAUAGAAGAUCCAGAGAGUGAGGUAGAACGAAUUUUUUUAUAUAAUUGGGUCCAAUCAUCAGCCAUUCCCAUAGGUACGAAACUUGCAAUAAAGAAUCCUUAUUAUAAGAUUGGCAUGGAUCUUAGAACUAUGAUUCGUUCUGACAACUCCAGUGAAUUAUUGGUCAUUAAAAACGAUAAUAAACUAAAUAAGGAGGUGAAAUGGUUCACAGAUCUAUCGGAAAGUAAAGAAAACAAAAACAAGUGUGAACAAUCAUCUGAUGAUUUCCGUCUUCGUGGGAAUGAUUAUUUUAACUCAAAUAAUUUCAAAGAGGCUAUUGAUGAAUAUUCGAGUGGUAUUAGAUUGGAACCACAUAAUGUAAAAUUACUUGCUAACCGCGAAGAAGCAUUCUUGCGACUGAAUCAAUUCGGAAAUGCUCUCGCUGAUGUGGAAAAUGUUCUCAAGCGUGAACCUGAUCAUAUAAAAGCAGGAAUUCGCAAGGGUAAAGCUCUCUGUGGCCUUAAACGUUAUCAGGAUGCCAUCAUCACUAUUCAAAAUGUACAUAAAAGAAUGCAAGACAAUCCUCACAAUAAUAUUAUCUUAAGAAAGCAGCUUAAAUAUGCAAAAAUGCUGGAUAAUGAAAGCUGGAAUGGGCAAUAUAAUUAUAUAAGUAUCGUUGAUGAGUUUUAUGAGAAGGCUAAAGUUAAAAAAAGCGAUGGUAAUUGGAUCUGUGAACAUGGGUCGAGGUUGGAUCAUGCUGAUUACUUGAUUGACGAUAUCGAGAUUCGUCUUGUCAGAGGAGGUAAAGGAAGAGGUUGGUUUACCAAAUGUGACAUUCCUGAACAUACUCUUUUGAUGGUUUCAAAAGCAUUUGGAUUAGUUUAUAACAAUGAGGCUUCCUCAAUCAUUAGCCUUGACUUUUUAUAUAGAACCAUGAGCAAACCCGCAGAUUCAGAAUUAGUAACUCGUAUUGCUCAUAAGCUUAUGGCAGAACCUUAUCUUUGUUGA